GUGCUUUAAAAGCGUGACGGAGCCCCUGGCAACAGCAGCCGGAGUCCCGGGACCGGACCAGGAAGCAGGGGAGAAAAUGACAUUAAGGUUUGAGGCUUCCUGCCCUGACGGCUUGUGCCCUGGAUGGAGUGUCAUCCUUAAAGGGGAGCCUCCUUCCGAUGCCAGCAAAUUUGAAAUCAAUUUUAUGUGCGAUGGAGAUGGUGGGAUAGCGUUCCACUUCAACCCCCGUUUCGCGGAGUCACACAUCGUGUGCAACUCCUUCACGCGCAGCCGCUGGGGACAGGAGGAGCGCUGCAGCAAUUUCCCCUUCGCGGCAGAGGAGCCCUUUCAGAUUGAAAUCCACUCGGAUAAUGAAAGCUUCCACGUGUACAUCGACGAGGGAAAGAUCAUGCAGUACAAGCAUCGCGUUGAAGACCUGAAGACUAUCACUAAGGUUCAGGUGGUCAAUGACGUGAAUAUCUCCUCCCUGGAGAUCACUAAAAAACCGUUUUAGUAAAACAACUACCCGAAGGAAUUAGGCUAAAUGGCCAUAAUGGUUCUUUAACAAAUUAGGCUGUGAUUUUUAUACUAGAUUAUUCGUUCUCUGUUAGUUUUUUUUUUUUUAAGUACGCUUGAUUGCGUGUGAGUUUAAUAUGCAUGAGUGUAAUAUUAUGUUUUACAUUUCUUUAAAAUAUCACGUCCAAAACAGCAUCUUGUAACUUUUCCAAAACUGAUAACUCCAAAACACAUACAAAAAGCAUUUAAAUAAA